AUGGAGAGUUCCAGCGGCAGCAAGCCAGUCAUGGUGACGUCCUCGCUCAACUUCAAAGUCACCACGCCGUCCUUCUACAACCAGCCAAAGAAGUUUGCCUCUGUGGCCCCGCCGCGGCCUAAGAGCAUGACGCCGCCCUCGGCCCCAUCACCGACACCUCUGGGCACGGGCGUGAUCGGACGUGUUGGCGAUAUCCCCCCGCCACCUCCUAUGCUCUGUGAAGAUUUCCCACCCCCUCCUCCUCCUCCUCCAAUGGAUGACGAAUUGCCUGCUCCUCCCCCUGAAUGCCAGAUCACACCUCUGGCUUCGGACGCCCCCCCGCCGGCUUUUCCGGCUCCCCCACCUGUAGCAGAUGACCUUCCCCUACCUGCCGCUCCAGAGGAGAGUGCCCAUUUGACAAGCUUCCCCACUCCCCCUCCUCCGCCGCCACCACCUCCUCCUGCCGCCAAUACUACCGGUUAUUCCAGCACUGGAGUGAACUCUCAGAGGGUUAUGACCAAGCAAACAAGCCUGGAUAAGCAGAUCGACUCCCUGACAAACAUGCUCUCCGAAAUGGAGACGCGGGGGCCCUUCAACCCUAAGUUGCCAAACCAGUAUUCUUCAGUGCAAUCGGCCAAACCAGCCGGUCCCCCACCAACAGCCCCAAAGCCAGCGCUCUCUUUCCUACCACCUCCCGAAAUGGGCGAUCGCCCCCCUCCUGCACCCUGGGCAGAGGAGUUGAAAGCCCGAACCAACCGACAGGCUAACCACAACUCACCACCACCACCAGUGGCCAAGUCCCCAUUCGGAGCGCGGCUAACUACUUCGUCUUCGUCUCUUGCGAAAAAACUCAACCAAAACCUGAACCAGAACCAGACUCCAAAUUCUGCCAGCAGUCCGCAGAAAACCACCCCCGUGUCCACCAACAGCACUUUUCCUCCAGUUCCGUCCUCUCCACCUGCACCUGCUGCUUCACCAAACAAUAUUGCUGGCACUCACAUCAAGAGUCCUCAGUUUGUCAGUCAGAAUCAAAACAAACCUGUUGCUGUACCUCCUCACCAAACGAAAACUGUGGCAUCUCCUCCGCCAUCUUCCUUCAAUCAGCCAAUGAAAUCGCCUCCUGCAUCUACGCCGUCACCUCCUGGACCAGUGUUAACUUCGGGAGGAGGCGUACCACUCAACAUGAAAGAAGUGGAGGAACUGGAAAGAAUGACCAAGGACUUCAUUAAAAACAUGGACGCCCACCCACCUGUAGGCCCUGCCCCUAUGACCGACCAUUGCGGCAAAUGCGGUGAGGCGCUGUCCCGCACUCAGCCGGCAGUGCGAGCCAUGGAGAAACUUUUUCACUCCAACUGCUUCUGUUGCAUUACAUGCCAUCGCCCCCUGCAGGGAAUGCAGUUCUAUGACAGGAAUGGUUCUCCAGAAUGUGAGGAAUGCUACAUGAAUUCCCUGGCGGUGUGCUCCCGUUGUGGAGAGAGGAUCACAGACCGCGUUCUGAAGGCAGUUGGUCAGUGUUUCCAUUCCCACUGUUUCCGCUGUAGCACCUGCUCCUGCAUACUGGAAGGGGCACCCUUCAUCACGGACGAUAACAACAACCCUUACUGUGUCCAGGAUUACCACAGGCGUUUCUCUCCGCUGUGUGUGAGCUGCAAUGAGCCCAUUAUUCCGGCGCCGGGCAGCGAGGAGACUGUUAGAGUGGUGGCUCUCGACAAGAACUUCCACCUUAAGUGUUACCGCUGCGAAGACUGUGCUCGCCCUCUCUCCAUCGAAGCGGACGAGAACGGCUGCUAUCCGCUGGAUGGCCGCAUCUUGUGUUUGAAGUGCCACGCCAAGCGAGCCAAUUAG